CCUAGAUUGAUUCCCAUCCCCUGGUGGUGGUCCUGAAGCACUUCAGACCAUUCCCGCGUCGAAGGUUUCCAUGGCCAAAGAAAUCGUCCUUCCCCUCCCAUUGCGGCGACGCCGUCGCCACCUUGGUGUUGUCCGAGCUGCGGAGUCUCGGCCAGCGGCGAUGGAAACACCGCUCUGCCUGAAUCCCUGCCAGGCACAGUGUUCCUCCACUGCUGCGGUCGUCGGUCGCAGAUCCGCAAGGUCUCCCUUCAUUCUUACCUCGGCCUACCCUACCCUCAUUUUCCACCUACCGUCAGCCGUUUCCCUCCAUCCUCGGUAGCUUAUCGCUAGACUCGUCGCUUAGUGACCCACGCACCAUGGAUUCCCUUCCUGCAGAGGUCGUUUAUCUCAUCCUUAAGCUUUCUCACCAGGCAGGCCCACAGAUUGCCCGGUUGGCCUGUCUAUCGAACGACUUCAGACGCAUGGCGGACCAAUGGCUGUGGCUGUGGCACUGCCGCGACCAGCUUGCGAAGAAUCUCGAGAUCCCUGAGGGUGCAGCAGCCGUCGGAUUCAAUAUUGAACGAUUUCAGCGCGUGCUGGACGCCAUGAAGAGCGACGAUCUCAAGGCGCUUGGGAAGCUCCUGCAUUGGUGCCCGGGCGUGAGGCGAGCGGUGAUGAGAGGAAGGGAAUCCAGACCCUGGCGACAUGUCGACAGCAAUGGGGACAGCAACGGCAGCAGCAGCAGCUGCAGCGACGUCACGGAAGAUGCUACUUGGUGUGCCGUUCCUGACGAGGAGGAACACGCUCGCGGCAGACCGCACCUGCAAUCUCCUAGCUUCGUCUUAUUGCCGAACAUAAGCCGCAUUAUGCUAUCUUUAACUUGUCGGCGGCACGUGGAGGGAAUGGUUGAUGACGUGGAAUUCAGCUUGGCACAAGGAUUCGUGUUUCAUUUCAAGAGCUCAGUGUUAUACCGCAGGGUUUCUCCACGGUCUGUUUAACAGGACGAGCUCUGUCCCUUUUGCAUCCUUUCAUCUCUUCAUAUCACUUAAUGAAACAGUGGAACACGAGAGGCGCCUUCACUGGAAGAUCUCUUGUCACUGUCGUUUCUUUUCCCCGAGCAACUGUUCUGACUGAAUCAUGGAUUGGGCAGGUUUGGGACACCUUUGAAGAUGAUGCCUCGCUUCCAUGGAACAACAUCUUUUACUGUGAUGCCAGCGCCAGGACCAUUUCCAAGCUUCCUAAGGUUGUUCAGUCUUAUUGCACCAAGCCUACAGGGGCAUUGUUAUGGAAUUGUGAGGAAUUACUGUGGCGGGCUUCCGUCUGAGUGGGAAGCUGCGAACGGGCCAGCGGUAGAUCUGUUGCUGGAGGGGGGACGCACGGAGAGACCUUCCCCAGUUUUGCUGCCAGCCAUGCUCUCGUCAAGCUUCAUAGCGUGGUGGUGCCAUGCUCAUUUGUCCUGGAGACCCAUCGCGACAGAGCACGUAUUGAAGCACCACCAGCUGCAGAGAGCGCUGCUCCUGCUGCCGCUGGUGUUACUCUCGCUAUUGCGGAAGUUCCUGCUGCCGCUGGUGCUACUUGCGCUAUUGCGGAGGUUGCUACUACUGCUAGUGCUUCUGCUGCUACCUUUGAGGUUGCUACGACUGCUAGUGCUACUGCUGCUACCUUUGAGGUUGCUACGACCGCUGGUUCUACUGUAUCUACUACGGAGGUGGCUACCACUGCUGGUCUUGCUGUUGCUACUUCUACUGCCGCGACCGGUCCUAAUGCUACCGGUGCUGCCCAUACUGCUGCCCCCGGUGCUGCCCGUUCAACCUCCAGCAGUGCUGCCCAUACUGCUGCCUCCGGUGCUGCCCGUUCAACCGCCAGCAUUUCUGCCUGUACUGCUCCUACCGGUGCUGCCCGUACAACUGCUACAGAUUCUACCCGUGCUGCUACCGCUGGUCCUCGUGCUGCAGCCGUUAGAGCUGCCACUCGUACGACAAGGCCUGCUGCUGCGACUGGCGUUACAACUGCUGUUACCACUCGCGUUCCAGCAGCUGGUGCUACCUGUGCUACAGCUAUGACUGGUUCCCACACUUUGCCUGGCGCUGCCACUCGUGCUACAGCUGGGACUGGUCCUCACACCAGGGCUCGUGCGGCCACUCGCGCUUUAGCUGUGACUGGCUCUUACACCAGGACUCCUGCCGCCACUCGUGCUACGGGCACUGGCCGGGCUCGCCCAUUCUCAGCUGCUGGCUCCCGCGCCAACACGGCUGCCUCUACUGCUGAACGCUCCUCCCUGGGCAUGCAGAGAGGCAAGAACUCUUGACGAGAGUGCUGCUGUUCUCAGCACCAUUGGAAACGCAGCAGCAGCAUCGUCACUCUUGGCAGUCGCAGCAUCUGCACCGUCCACCUCUGUGCUGCUGCUGCUGCUGCCACUGUGCUGUGAUGACUGCUCAUGCUGCCACCUGUGCUGAGAGGGAUGCAGGUGAAGGGGCACUCUGAGACAUGACCAUUGACCCGUGUCAUGGUCUGAGCGUACAAUGGCAUCAUUGCAUGUGAUGGCACUAUUGCGGCUGAUAAAGCUUCCUGUCUGUUCAAGAAUUGUUGAUGCGGAGCAUGCUGGGCCGAGGCUACGAUCACUUUCCAUCCAAGUUGGCCUGCCAUUGGUGGUUGCUUUCCUUUUGUCCUGUUAUGUGUAACAUCAUUGUCCUGCCAUUGGUGGUUGCUUUCCUUUUGUCUGUUGUCGUCAUUGCCCCAGCAAACCAAAGUAUUGUCAACUUAUGUAUAAUUGCGAAAGUUGCUUAGU